GCGGGGAAUUAUUCAAGGCGCGCACGUUGAUGAGAAAGAUGUCUUCCUCCAGGUACAAGAGGCCUCCAAAUUGUUCCCUGUUCGUCAAGGGAUUGAACCUAUCAUCAAACUCAGACGACCUGAGAGAUCUGUUUACUCAAUACGGCCCCGUACGCGAUGUAUACCUCCCCCUGGACUACCACACGAGAGAGCCAAGAGGCUUUGCGUAUGUUGAGUUUGAGGACCUCCGUGAUGCCGAAGACGCUUUGCAUAAUCUUGAUGGGACUUGUUUGCACGGUCGUGAACUGGUUGUACAGUAUGCAGAGGGAGACAGAAAAACUCCAUUUCAGAUGAAGAACAAAGAAAGAACCGGAAGUUAUAACAGGAGACGAUAUUCUAGAAGUCCAAGCCCCUAUUAUAGCAGACGAAGUCACAGUCCUUACAAUAGACGACGUCGGCGUGGAAGUCCUCGCAGUCGUCGACGGAGGUCAAGGUCCCGCUCAUACUCUCGCUCUGGAUCUCGUUCUCGUAGCCCGCCCCCUCGAAGGAGGAGGAGUCAGAGUAGAUCCAGAUCUCCAUAUUCCCGAUCACCUGUCAGAUCAAGGUCUCGUUCAUAUUCCCGGUCUCCUGGUGGGCGGGGGCGGUCCUAUUCUCGUUCUCCGUCCCGGUCUCCAAGGUCUAAGAGUCCUAAACAAUGAUUGGUUGUAUGUCUUUGGCCGUUACCAUUAUCUAUGUAUUAAUUACAUGACAUUUAAUGUCAGCUUGGGCUAAUUGUAAAAUAUAUGAGCAGAAAACAAUAAUUGUAGAAAAUGAA